AUGGCUUCAGAUCGGUUCUGCCUCUCGCUGCUGGGCCGGAAACUGCGCCUGAGAAUCACAGCUAUAGCCUUCUUACUAUGCUGUGCGAUUUAUUUCUACUGGAAUGUCGUGGCUCAACCGUCAACGAGUCCGAAACACCGACCGACGGCCAUCUCGAAAACCGAUCUCCAAACCUUCGCCUCCCAUGCCGUCAAUAACACCGUCGUCAUUGUCCCCGUCAACACCGGCAUGCUAUAUCUAGUCAAGAACAUGCUCUGUUCCCUUACCAAGACCUCCUUCAACACAUCAUCCAUUGUCUUCUGGGCCCUCGACAAAGGCGCGCAAACCGCACUCAGCCGCGAAGGUUUCGCCACGUAUCACGACCCGUCACUCUUCUCCGUCAGCAGCAACGAGAAUGUGCACGGCAGCACCGACAACUACUACCGCAUGAUGCGCCAGCGUCCCCAAUUCUUCAUCGACUUCCUCUCGACCGGCUACGACAUCCUCAUGCUCGACGCAGACAUUGUCUUCUGGCAGUCUCCUCUGCUGCUGGUGCCGCAAGCCGGCGUCGACAUGGCAUACAGCACCGAUGCGCGAGAAUUCUACACCACCCACAAUGCGUUCAAGGACCCGUUUCGGCGUGGCCCGCUCGUGCCACCGGUCUGCAACGGCUUGUUCUGGAUGAAGAGCAGCAAUGACACGAUUGCGCUGUGGUCGCAGAUGCUGAGUGUGUUUGAGGCCCCCUGGUGGCGCAUGGGCAUCUAUCGGGCGCGUGUCUUUCAGGACGACCAGCGUGGCAUGGACGUGUUGCUGAAUGAUGGGAGGGCAAGGGUGGUUGAACCGCUUCCCGACGGCAUCACCAGGGAUAUGAUUCCGCAGGAUCGGAAACACAAGGCCUAUUUAAAGGUGAAGUUGCUGGACCAGACGGAGGUCGUCAACGGCCAAUUGUACAUGUUUCGCCAGGACGUGUAUGAGGAAAACUUGGCCAAGAUACGGGCCUCUGGGAGGGACAGAAUAUCUGCGCAUAUGAACUGGAACCCGGAAAUUAUCACCAAGGAUGACGGAGCUAAAAAGAUGAAGAUAUUUUUUCUCGAUGACGAGGGUAAAUGCAGGAUAUAG